AUGGCUUCCUUGAGCACCACUGGUUAUGGAACGCAUCGAAGCGAAUGUCAAAACUUCCCUUGGGUACAGCACGAGAGUUUUCACAAUCUCGAAUGCGAGGGUCAGGAAGUUGUUCCUCGGAUUCAUGCAAAGAUGGAGAAGGGUUUCUUCCUAUCUCCUGACAGAUCCUGGACAUGUUAUCGACGUAACUACUUCUCUGUCACUUGCUCGUUCGAGCUAACGCCGCACAUUGGCAAUGGAAGACUCUGUCUCAAUGGUCAAAGAGUCCAGGCUAUGGGUAUGAAGCUGACUGCAGCCGUCGACGGACAGACCGGAAAAGGUGUUGAGCUCAUUCAACAUACACCCAAGCGCGACCGAGGCCCCAAGAACGCGAUCCCAAUAAUCAAGAUAUCACCAACUCCGCCGAACGGACGUCCUGCCGAGUCAACUCUCAGUCCACAUGGCGUUUACCAUGUACCAAUGUCUUCGUUCCAUGCCACCGGUGUUCCCACUGGCCCUCACCUUCCCUUUCAAAACACGCGCGAUGACUCUCCUGCAUCAAGUCGCCAGAACAUCCAGCAUACCUUUGAACGCGUGCAAUUCAAAUCGGCGACGGCCAACAAUGGCAAGCGAAGAGCAUCUCAGCAAUACUUUCACCUGAUGGUUGAGCUAUGGGUUGACGUCCGCGAAGAUGAGACAAGGAAACCAAAGUGGGUCAAGAUUGCUUGCGCAAUCAGCGAUAAGGUGGUGGUGCGCGGCCGAAGCCCCAGCCAUUACAAGGCCGAAAACCAAGGUGGUGGUUCUUCAUCCACAGGCCGUGGUGGAAGCACCGGAGGCUACGGUAAUUCGGGCGGAAGCUACGGCGGCCUGAGUCGUGGUAGUUUCAGUGGAACUGGCUAUGCCACUGGACCAGGUAACACUGGAGGAUUCCGUGCCAGUCAACAAUACCAGACAGCAGCCUCGCCUGAGCAAGGGUAUUCUUCCAGUGCCGGAUCGAGUGUGGCUGAAGCUGUCGACAUCAAGCACAAUCUCGAAGCCGAGCCCACUCACGACGAGGACAUAACCAUGCAGGACUUUGCUGGAUACCAGUACAUCCCCACAACCUUAUACGACGGUGUCUCUGUGCAAGGAAAAGCAGACAGCUCGAACACAAAUUCGGGAGCCGGACAAACUGGCGAUAAGAAGUUCCCACUCCGCGACGAGUAUCCCGAAGCACUACCGGGAACACAGUGGAGCAUGGGUAACUGCAAUCGUUUCCAGGGGGUGGAAAGCAGUCGCGGAUACUACCCAGCUUUCAGCACCACUGGAUUUUGA